AUGUCUGCUGUCAUCUGGUUUUUUCUUCUGCUUUCAGCACCGGUCGUGGAGCUUGUCCUGGACAAACCAAAGAGGUCCACUCUGAAUCAGCUCAACAGGAUGCUCCUGCGGCGGUAUGACAGUGGUGUGCGGCCUGUUGUCAACUGGACUGAGCCCACUGUGAUUUACAUAGAUUUCAUCAUUCAGUCCAUCCUGGAUGUGGAUGGACAGAAUCAGAAGGUAACAACAAGUAUCUGGUAUCGGCAAAUUUGGAUAGAUGAAUUCCUAGUGUGGGAUCCAGAGGAGUUUGAUGACAUAAAUGAAAUAUCACUCUCUUCUGAUGCUAUAUGGGUACCAGACGUCAUCAUCACAGAAUUUGUGGAUGUCAGUCCAGCUUCUGGAGUUCCUUAUGUCUACGUCAACUCCUCAGGAACGGUGAAAAACUACAAACCUAUCCAAGUGGUUGCUGCUUGUGAUUUGCAAAUCUAUGCUUUUCCCUUUGACAAGCAAAACUGCUCCUUAACGUUCCGUAGCUGGCUGCACUCUGUGAAAGAGGUUGACCUGGCCUUUUGGCGAAACCCCGAAGAUAUUGCCAGUGACAAGCGAGGGUUCAUGAAUGAUGGAGAAUGGGAGCUGCUGUCUGUGCCAUCACGAUACUGGAGACUACAUGUCGACGACCAAGACUAUGCCCACAUUCAGUUCAAUGUGCUGAUUCGGCGGCGCCCGCUGCUGUACGUGGUGGGUCUGCUUCUCCCCAGCAUCUUCCUCAUGGUGGUGGAUGUCAUCAGCUUCUACCUGCCUCCCAACACAGGCACACGCAUCUCCUUUAAAGUUAGCAUCCUCCUGGGCUACACGGUCUUCAGAGUCAACCUGAUGGAUGAGAUCCCUGAAACAGCAGUCACCACUCCCCUCAUAGGGGUCUUCUUUGCGGUGUGCAUGGCUCUUCUGGUUCUGAGUUUGGCUAAGUCCAUUUUGGUGGUGAAGCUGCUUCACCACAGUGAGAAGGAGGUGAAGGAGAUGUCCAUCUCUGCCUGCCUGCUGGACAAGUACGGCUCCUCCAGCCAAAGCUUCGGGGAGAGCAUGUUCACUUCUGUACGGACACUAGAUGAAAUGGACCAGAACAGUGGUUAUGAGUAUGACCUUCCAUCAGAGGAUGAUCUCGUCUCCCUGAGUGAACCCGCUAUGAGUUCACCACGGCUGGAGAGGCUCCUGUACCAACUGACCACUAUCAGGUCCUCCCUGCAGCAGGUGGAGGAUGACGGCGCUGCCCAGACAGACUGGCUGGCUCUCUGCUAUAAAGUGGACCGGUUCCUGUUCCGACUCUACCUGCUAGUGAUGCUGGCUUACUGCACCACUCUGCUCUCCCUCUGGGGCAGCUGGAGUGCCGUCUGA